UUUAAUAGUCAUCGUGAUGAUGUUAUUCGAACUGAAGGCAUUCUGUCUGCACCAGCAAACAAUCGGUCAGUUAAGAUUCGAGGUGAUAUCCUUUGUUCCCACAAAAUCAAAAAUACAAAAGAAUACGAUAAUCAAAUCCGCCGACUACAUAUUGCAGCACCUAUUUUGUCAGAUGGUAAAAUUGAUGAGGAAUUGACUAUCACAGAUUCGAAUUAUCAAGUGAGUGAUAACGAAAAUGAAAAUAAUAUUGAAAAGGAUGCAACUGCAAGGUCUAGUAAUCGGACAAAUCAAAAUUUUGAUGAAGGCUUAGUUACAGAAGAAGUGCAAAGUUGGGAAAAUCUAAUUAAUGAAUGGAUUGAGUUUGGAAAUUGUGAAAACCAAUUUGAAGAUCGGGAUGAUGAAAUUUUUAUAACAAGUGAUUGGGAUACAGAUUUCAGUUUAGGGGGACGAGAAAAACAUCCUGCUGAUGACGAAGAAGCCAAAUGGCCUUUAGAUUCACUUUUUAUUUCUUCUUUAGAAACACCUUUGUAUUUCAGUUCAGAAUUCACUUCCAAUGAAUAA